CCUCCAUGUAGGUGCUGAAAUCGCUGGGCUCGCCUCAGUACCAGCAGCAGCAGCCAUGGCUGAAAUAAAGACGGGCAUAUUCGCGAAAAACGUCCAGAAAAGGCUCAGUCGAGCUCAGGAAAAGGUGCUGCAGAAGUUGGGGAAAGCCGAUGAGACGAAAGACGAGCAGUUUGAACAAUGCGUGCUGAACUUCAAGCAACAGGAGUCGGAGGGUUCCAGGCUACAGAGGGAGAUGAAGGCUUAUAUAGCAGCUGUGAAAGCAAUGCAACAGGCCUCCAUGAACCUGACAGAAUCUCUGCACGAAGUCUAUGAGCCCGACUGGCAUGGCAAGGAUGAUGUUAUGUCCAUUGGAAAGAGCUGUGAUGAAUUAUGGGAAGACUUCCAUCAGAAGCUGGUGGACUCCACAAUCAUUGCGCUGGACACAUACUUGGCCCAGUUUCCAGAUAUCAAGAUUCGCGUGGCGAAGCGGAGCAGGAAGUUAAUUGACUAUGACAGUGCCAGGCACCAUCUUGAGACCCUGCAGACUUCCACUGUGAGGAACGAGAAGAAGAUUGCAAAGGCAGAGGAGGACUUGAAAAAGGCCCAGAAGGUGUUUGAUGAUCUGAACGUAGAUCUGCAGGAUGAGCUGCCCACUCUGUGGGAUAGUCGAGUGGGGUUUUAUGUCACAACCUUCAAGAGUGUCAGCAGCCUGGAGUCCAAAUUCCACAGGGAGAUCUCCUUUCUCUGUCACAAGCUGUAUGAGGUGAUGAACAAACUCGCCGAGCAACAUCCAGACAAAAUGUUCACCAUCCAAGGAGCACCAAGUGAUUCAGGCCCCCUGCGCCUGGCCAGAACUCCAACGCCUCCUGAUGAUGAGAGUCCAGAGGAAAGUCCUGCUGUCAGUCCGAACCACACGCUAAGGCCUACUUCACCUGGUCCUCCUCGACCCAAAUCUCCCUCACAGCUCAAAAUGGGACCUCCAAAGCCUCCUCCUCCCAAAGUCACUCCCAGCAAGGAGGUGGCACAGGAGCAAAUCAUCAACCUAUUUGACGGAGGCUUUCCUGAGAUCAGUGUCACCUCGCCUCAGCCGAACGAAAGGCCUGGAGAAUCUCUUCUGGACUUGGACUUUGAUCCAUUCAAACCCGACAGUGAUACACCUAUUGGUCAAAACCAGUCGCCUGCUCAGGCACUACCUUGGGAUCUUUGGGCGGCAAAUACUGAGGCCCAGCCUGCUCCUGAUGCUGGCUUCACUGCCGACUGGACAGCUGACUUUGGCUCUGCUGCUGGAGAUUCAGGAGCUGUUCAGCCUGCGGCCGAUGAACAGGGCUGGCCUCCUGCAGAAGGCUGGUCCACAGAAGCAGUGGCUGAAGAAGCAACAGCCACAGGCGAGGUAUCCAACAAAGCUUUUAAUGGAUUUGCACAGACUGAUGCAUCGGCACCUGCAUUUGCAGCAGACUUUGGUGAAAAAUUGCCUGAGACUGAAGCCCCAGAGGGGGCAGAGGCUGGUACAGAGGCAGCCCCAGAGGGGGAGGUGGCUCCUACCCCAGCCCCAGCCGCUGAGGCUGGUGAGGGGAGUCCCGUCACUACUCCUCCCCCUGCAGAGACCACUCCUCCCCCUGCAGAGACCACUCCUCCCCCUGCAGAGACCACUCCUCCUCCUGCAGAGACCACUCCUCCCCCCACAGAGACCACUCCUGAACCUGCAGAGACUACUCCUGCUGCCAGCCCACCUGCAGAAGAAGCUCCUAGCACAGUGGAGUCUCCUGCGGCUGCUGAAACUGAGGCAGCGGAGCAGACGGAGACAACCCCGACUGAUGUCACAGAGAAAGAGCAAGUCCCGGAGGCUCCGGAAGAAUCUGCUCCAGUGGCAGAGGCAGGAGAGGAGCUGCCCACAGAGGCUUUGGCUACUGAAGAAGACAAAGAGUCUCCUAUUGAAGAGACUCCGACCAUAGAGGCCAAACCGGAGGAUGAGGCUGGCACAGUAGAGGCCAAACCAGAAGAAGAGGCUGGUAAAGUUGAGGCCAAACCAGAGGAGGAGGCUGGUAUAGUAGAAACCAAACCAGAAGAUGAGGCUGGUACAGUUGUGACCAAACCAGAGGAUGAGGCUGGUAACGUAGAGGCCAAACAAGAAGAUGAGGCUGGUAAAGUAGAGCCCAAGCCAGAGGAAAACACUGGUACAGUAGUGGUCAAACCAGCUGAAGAAACCAGUAAGGAAGGUGCAGAAAACAGUGAGGAAAAGAUGCCUAUUCCCUCUGUUGUAAUUGAGCCUGCCUCAAGCAAUGAGGGCGAUGAUGACCGUGACGGUGACAUUGCAUCUCCAACAGCAACCAGUGGUAAUGGGGUGAUACCGGACAGCCAAACAGCCAAAGACAUCCCCUCCUCUGGCAUGCCUUCAGGCUUCAUGUACAAGGUUGAAACAAUGCAUGACUUUGAUGCUGCAAACCCAGAUGAGCUGGAGUUGAAGAGAGGCGACAUUGUUCUUGUCAUUCCUACAGAGCUGGCAGAGGAUCAGGAUGCCGGCUGGCUCACCGGCGUUCGGGAGAGUGACUGGCUGGUGCGCGGCGCCUCGGCUAAGAAGGGACUGUUUCCGGAGAACUUCACUCAGCGCCUGGGCUAAGGCCUUUACAGUAUGCCGGAGAGGGGCAUGCGACAUCCGAGAGCUACAGACAGACCCCCUCACGCGGAGUCUGCCGCCCCGACUGACACCCUGUCAGUCUAAGUGAACAAGACAAAUAGUAUCUAAGAGGACAAUAGAGAAAUCAAACAAAAACGAGCGGACAUAUGACCCCCCUACUAAGAGCUUAAAAAGAAAAUAACAGAGCAUGAUGCGAUAGUACGGUCUACCUUCCUCUCGAACCGAGACCUCUCUGUUUUUGUUCGUUUACCUGUAAGCAGCAGCGAAUUGAUGUGUGCUUUGUUGGAACUGUGGUGACCUCCACAUGUAAUCCCUAUCUGUUUAAAGGAACACUAAAACGAGAGUUCUCCUCUGAAGACAAAAAAAAAAAAGAAUUACCUUAUCUUCUCUGCACCAAGUGUAUUGUAUUGAGUUUGUUGCUCUGCAGCAACUUUUAUCAGAAUUUGUAGUGAUAUGAUCUAUUUAACCGUUCUAAGUGUUACGCAAGACUUCAAUGUUUUCUUUGAGACAUUUCAGACCUAAAUGUUACCUUGCAUCAUUGUUAGUGUUCUCUGUAGAUUUCAUGGCUGGGCGUGGACAGCUGUGGUGACGACGUUUGGCGUAGCUGACAUCGACGAGACUCGCCGUGCUCCUGCCAAAUGAGUUCAGUCCUGAGUAUGUAGAGUUUUGAGCAUGUGAAAUGUUUCAAGAAGAAAAUCUGAGAUGUGGCGUUUGGCAAAUACAGCUUUGCACAAUACUAAAAACCAUUGUUCCCUACUACAGAAACUUCCGUAUAUCCACAGUUCUAGAUACAAGACAGAAAUUAUCCUGUGUACAUGUAUGAACAACAAUAACAACAGUGAAAAAAAAAGAGAAAAUGUUGAAUGCAAUUUUAUGUGUUGAGAAAUUCUAUUUAUUUAACUUUAUAUUUUUUAAGCUGAAGCUCACUGGGAGAGUUUUGGGAUGGGGGAUCUGCAAAAUAUGCAAUAUAUGUCAUUUGGUUUCAAAGGUAACCAUUGUCUUGGUUGUUUGGUUUAGCGGUAAAGGUCACUCCUGUGUUUGUAUCGUUAGUCUUCACUGUAGAGAUUUUUUGUGAUGUACAUAUCCGUGUUAAUUUAUCUAUAAAGUGAAUAAAGAAUACUUCAUAUGGUUA